AUGCCUUCAGCGAAGGAUAUUGAGCAGGUCGACGUUCUGCUGGUCGGUGCUGGCUUUGCGUCCUAUACACUUCUCAACCGCUUGCGACGACUUGGCUAUAACGUCAAGAUCUACGAGAAGGGUGCCGCAUCAGGAGGCAUCUGGUACUGGAACUGCUAUCCCGGUGCUCGCGUCGACUCUGAUACGCCAAUCUACCAGUUGUUCGACAAGGAACUGUGGUCAGAAUGGACAUUCAAGGAUCGAUAUGCUGGGUGGCAAGAGCUGAGAGACUACUUCCAAUUCGUUGACAAGAAAUGGAAGAUCUCUGAGCAUGUCACGUAUAACAAGCACGUGGACAGUGCAGUCUUCGAUGAAGACCGCCAUCAGUGGCUUGUGGAGACAUCCGAUGGCUCAGAGAUCUACGCAAACUGGUUCCUGCCAUGCAUCGGCUUCGCCUCGCGCAGAUAUACUCCUCCAUUUCCAGGGCUUGGCAACUUCCGCGGUGACAUUUAUCACACCGCUGUUUGGCCACAGCAUGGAGUGAACCUGAAGGGUAAGCGCAUUGCUGAGAUCGGCACGGGUGCCAGCGGCACGCAGGUCAUCCAAGAGAUUGGUGACAAGGCGAAGGAGCUCACUGUCUACCUGCGAACGCCCAACAUGUGUCUGCCCAUGAACCAGCGCAAGCUCGAUCCAGAGGAGGAGGAGCGAAAGAAGAAGGAUGGCACAUACGAAGCUGAGAUCGAGAAGACUCGCCACACCUUUGCAGGCUUCACCUAUGACUUCCUCAAGAAGAAGACUAUGGAGGACACUCCGGAGGACCGAGAGAAGUUCUACCACAAGCUCCUGAUCGAGGAAGGUGGCUUCCGUUUCUGGCUCAACACCUACGACGACAUGCUGUUUGACAAGGAUGCCAACUACGAGGCCUACAAAUUCUGGCGCAAGAGCGUCCUUGCCCGCCUGACAGACAAGAAGAAGGCCGAGAUCCUCGCUCCAGAGACACCACCCCACCCAUGGGGAACCAAGCGGCCUUCGCUCGAGCAGCGUUUCUACGAAGUCGUCGACCAGCCACACGUCAAGAUCGUCGACAUCAACAAAUCGCCGAUUCAGGAAGUGCAAGAAAAGGGCAUCGUCACCAAGGACGAAGGCCUCAUCGAGGUCGACGUCAUCAUCCUCGCUACAGGCUUCGACUCGGUGACCGGCUCUCUCGCGCAGCUCAACAUCCAGGGCGUCAAGGGUGGCACCAUUGCUGACCACUGGAAGGACGGCACCAAGACAUCCAUGGGCAUCGCCAUGCCUGAGUUCCCCAACAUGUUCUUCUUGUACGGACCGCAGGCACCGACGGCGUUCAGCAAUGGCCCAAGCUGCACUCAAUUCCAGGCUGAGUGGGUAGAGAAGGUGUUCAAGUUGAUCAAGGAGCAGGGCAUUACCAGACUAGAAUCGACACAAGAAGAGGAAGAUGACUGGUGCCGGCGGAUGAGUGAGGAGUGGAACAAGAGUUUGUUCCCCCUCGCGAAGAGUUGGUACCAGGGUGCGAAUAUUCCGGGUCGGAAGGUUGAGCCGCUGAACUGGGCCGGCGGUAUGGUCGCAUACGUCGAGACCUUGGAUAAGUCAAUCUCGAAUGACUUCCAAGGAUGGCACGUUCAGAAGGGAACCAAAGCGUAG